AAGUAAUCAACAACUUGCCUUAUGGGCAGCAAACCUUUUAUUUUUCAGAUUGAUUGCAUGAUGAGUUCUUCAGUCUUCCUUCUAUACUGCUUUCUCACAUUCUCUUUAUAUUCCCUCUCUCAACACACAAGCUACUCUCUAACUGUUAUGCCAACACGGAAGUUGAGCAUGUCAGACCCUGCAAUCGAUCACGAGCAUCACGAAGCCCAGUAUAAAUUGCAGAGAGCAGAUAAGGCAAUGGAGAGUACCCCUGCCAAGGAAGAUGCCACGACACUGGAAUAUACCAGCAACAGUUAUAAUCCUCAUGAUCUUGUCUAUCAUAUAGAUUACCAUGGAGUAACAACUCAUCCAACUCCUAAACAUCCCAGACCAUAAGGCUUCAGC